UCUGCCUCUCUCUCUCUCUCUCUCCUUCUCUCUCUCUCUCUCUCUCUCUCUCUCUGUCUCUCUCUCUCUCUCCUCUCGAUUCUCCCUGAACCGAUUCUGUUGGUCCUCGAUUGCUUCCAUCCGGACGGAUCGGUAGGGUUUACUAAGAGAGCACGAGUCCUCCGAGGGUUCAGUACGAAACGCGCGCUCGAACUCGAAGGAACCCUCGUCUUUGAGAUUCCUUGUCUUCGAGGAGAUUUAAACGAACGGAGAAUAAAAGAUAGAUAAAUAUAUAAAAGGCAAAAAAGAAAAAUACAGAAAAGAAAAUUUUUCCGUUUGAUCUUUCGUAUUAAAUUCAAACGUUGAUCAUUUUUUAAUCUCGAUGAUUACGUCGAUAAUAAGAUUACGAGUGUUGUUUCUUCAAUUUCCAGCAUUGACUUGAAGACCCCAAGGAUUGGUGAAGGUAACAAGAGUAAAAAUGGGUCCUGCGAUCGAUAGGAUGGUGACACGAUUGAUUCUACUAAUCAUUCUUUCUUUUAUACCUGCAUGUCUUGGAUCUAAUACGAAAUGUCCAACACAAAAAACUUCACCAGGCAAAGAAGUGAUUUGUUAUACUUUCAAAUCAGAUGUGAAUCUACUCAGUGAUUCGAUUUGUAAGUGCACCACUUUGGUACAUCAAGGACAUGAUAUACAAAAUCUUUCUAUUUCGGAUAUUCAAGAAUUUAGCGAAGAGCUAAAAGAAAUGAAUCCGCCUCUCCAAUUUGUCAUUUCUAUCAACGAUCCUGCAGGCACUCUCAAAACUUCCGGUAUGAGUCGUCAGACAGCUGUCACGCGUUUGGUUAAUAUUCUAAAUGAGGUUGAUGGUGUAGAAUUAAAUGUCACAGCAGGUUCAAAGGAACGUCUUUAUCAUUUCGUCAAGGGUCUCAAAGACGAGAUGGUACGAAAGUCGAUUGACAAAAGGAUACUGAUGUCCUUACCAACGAAACCAGAAAAUUUGGCGAAACAAUUCGAUUUAAAGAAGCUUUCGAAAUACGUGGAUCUAUUUACGAUCGCAUCUCAUUAUUUAGUGGACGAAGACGAAAUCUAUUAUACUUUCCAUCCUUCCCGUGUGAUGGGUCUAUUUGACAUGCUCAACACGGAUAGCUUAGUUGAUCUGAUAAGUGGAUUAGGAGCGCCAAAGAGAAAGCUCUUGAUUUCGAUGCCAGCCAGUGCUUAUAGAUUCAAUUUGAAGAAUGAGACAGAGAACGCACCAAGGUCACGUACCGAGGACAAAUAUCCGACUGUCAUCGAUAGGAAAGAGUUUUGCGAAUCGAUGGAUGACGGAGAAUGGACAAUAGAAAGGGAUGAGGAUCUCACGGGGCCAUACGCUUUCAAAAACAAAACAUGGAUCGCUUUUGAGGACAAAAUUUCUGCGGGCAUUAAAGGAAAAUAUGUAAUUCUACGUGAUCUCGCCGGUUUGGGUAUUUGGGAGAUAGAAAACGAUUUAAAAAGUAAUUGCGGAAAAACAAUCACUCAUGAUGUCUAUCAAUCUUUUACGAAUUUUAAAAGAAAGUCGCGACACGCUGUGCUCACUUCAUUAGAAGACGAUCUUCAUCAAGCAAUGAUUACUUACCCAAAUAAAGCAAAAUCGUCUGGCUAUAGAGUGGUUCGAGUAGUCGAUACCGAGGGACAUAUUCGUGCAGUACGUGAAAAUACCCAAACUGAAUUUAUCUGUACAAGACAAGGCUACUUCGUGCAUCCUAAAAGUUGCAAUAGAUUUUAUCGAUGUGUCAAAUUUAAUCAAAACAUAGAGAAUUACUCUGUCUUCGAAUUUGAUUGUCCAGCUGGAUUGGCAUUCGACGAGCGUACAGAAGUUUGUGUUUGGCCAGGAUCUUUGUCUCAAGGAUCUCCAUGUCCUGGAAGCAGCGAAGUGGCACCUGCUUCUCAAGUUAGAUUUCAAUGUCCUCCUGAACCAGGAUAUUAUGCUGAUCCACGAAAUUGUCGUUGGUUUUUUGCCUGCAUUGAUUUAGGUGGACCAGAAAUGAUGGCCUUCGAAUUCCGUUGUCCGUAUGACUUGGUCUUUGAUCAGGACAAAUUAGUUUGCGAGUGGCCUUGGUUGGUACCUAGUUGCUCAAAUUCUGGAUCGGGCUAUACAAGAAGCGAAUAUGACAUUCAUUUUAAUGGUGGAUCAUCUACUCAAGGUGCAGGUAGAUUUGUUACCGGUGGAAUACCCGACGGAUUUUCAGGAACAACUGGUGAAGGUUAUUACGAAACCAGUGCUGGUGGAUACACAGAUUCAUCCAAUACACGAUUUACUGGUUCAUCUGGCACACGAUUUACUGGUUCAUCUGGCACACGAUAUACUGGUUCAUCUGGCACACGAUUUACUGGUUCAUCUGGUACACAAUUUACUGGUUCAUCCGUUGGACAAAUUAACGUUGGACAAUCAAGCUUGAAUACAGAUUACUCAAAAGUAACUGGAGAAUAUUCAACUGGAUCAGGAUAUACUAGUGGUGCCACAGGAUAUGGAUCAAUUACUGGUUCACAUGAAAUUGGUGGACAAUAUACAGGAAGUGUAUCCGGUGGAUAUAAAGAUUCAACAAGCACAGAAUAUAUUGGAAUUCAAACAAAUUCUAAUGAAUCUGGAUAUUCAGGAUCAUCAGGAUCAUUAAGUAACGUUUAUCAGGGUUCUACAACUGGGCUCCAUACAGGAUUAGGAUAUACGGAAAGUAGCAAUAGUUUGUCAGGUUCUACAACUUAUUCACAAUCGCGUGAUCAUAUAUCUCCUAAUACGGAAUAUUCGCAAGGAACGAAUGGUCCAUACCGAGGUUCUAGUAGUACGAUCCAGGCUGGCAGUGGUUCUACAGGAUCAAAUAUUGGUGGAUAUACCAUAUCGACCAGUACAUUAUCAGGUUCCCAAUAUAAUGGAAAUUCCAUAACAGAUAAUGGAUACUCUGGGUCAACUAAUACUGGUUAUAAAGGAGGAUCUGGAGGAAUUGAUUCCAGUUUAGGAUAUACAGGGUCGAUAAGUUCGGAUACACAAGGUUUUACCGAUCAGAAAGGAUCUGGUGGUUAUUCUGACAGCACAUUAUAUUCAGGAAUAACGAAAGGAACAGGAGGGCAAGGAAGAUAUACAGGAUCGUCUGAACGUGGGUAUACUGAUUCUUCAAGUACAGGAUAUUCUCAAAGUUCUUCUAUUUCUGGAUCUUCAACUGGAAUCGGACACUCUGAUAUCGGACAGUCUGAAAUCGGACAACCUGGAAUAAUUGAUUAUUCAGGAUCUACAGGAUCUGAAUAUACAGGAUCUGGAUAUACAGGAUCAGAUUUUUCAACGAAAACAAAAUAUACAGGUUCAUUUGGUGCGGGCCACUUAGGAGAUUCUAGUAAUGUAUUUACAAGACCAACGUCGAUAAGUACAAAUUACCCUGGUGAAUCGGUAGUAGGUGAAAAAGUUGUACCAGGAGUAUUACAAGGUGGAGAUUAUGGUACAACAUCGACAUUGAUACGUGGCCAUGGAGGUAGCAAUUCUCAAUAUUUUGGAAAUUCUAAAGAUUCCGAAUUACCUAAUUAUACUAUACCAGUACAAAUUAUUAGUGAAAUACCGUAUUAUAAGAAUGAUGUCACAGGUAGUAAUUCAGUAAAAGGCAUUAGUGAAACCGAGAGUGGUGGAAAAGCUGGUUCUGUUUCUACAUCAUCAGUAUUUACAAAUUAUCCGGGCCAAGCAGGUACAUACAUUACUCAUCACACAGUAUCUUCUGGUCCUAUAUUUUCUAGUCAAUCUGGAAUCAAAACAAGUCAUAGCAGUGGUACUGGAGUAACAAGCACUUUUGGUAAAAAUAGAUUUACAGGAAGUAAUUUGAAUAUUACAUUAAUGCUUGAUAGAACUUCGCCUACACCUGGCACAUUUUAUGAACAUCCUGGUUAUUCUGAUGGUUAUAAUAUUGGACAAGCAAACACUGGCACUAUCGUUACUGGUACUAAUAUUGAAGGAGCCAUAGUCACUGAUGACUCCUCUUCUGGAUCUCUUAUUACUCAAGGAGAUAUAUCUGGAUCAAUAUUAACAGGAUCAACACAACAAGGUGCUGUUAUCACUGGAAGUAGUCAACCAGGAUAUGUAAAAUCACAAACUGGUACUCCUGGUUAUGUUGUGAGUGAUGGAGUUAAAACUAUUUACUCCGAAUCAGCUAGUCCAGGUACUUUCUUGCACGGAUCCAUAUCCCCAGGCGUUUCAUUAAGUGGUACUCCUACUUCUGGUAUAAUCCUACAUGGACAGAAUACCCCAGCUGUUCACUUAACCGGCCAAACUUCUAGCGGUGUUGUAGUAGGUGGAACUGUUCAAGAAGGUACUACUGUUGGGGGCUCCAUAGGAAGUCAUCAUUAUACUGAUUCUGGAUCAUCAAUUUAUAGUGAUAGUAAAGGUUCGGUUAAUGUAGGGUUAGUAACCCCUUCAAUCACUGAAAGUACAAGUUAUAAGACAAAUGAGUACCAUGACAACGGAGGUCGUGGUACCAUUACAUUCAAUAACGGUCUUGUUACCACUAAGUAUACUGAAAGUGAUCUUACAGAUUACAGAACAUCGAUCGGUACGCUUUCCGAUAAUGUAUCUGGAGAUAGAUUGCAUGGAGUUCAAGGUGAAAUAAGUUCCCCAGGAUACUCUUCAAUAAAAUCUGAUACAUUCACUCAAGGCGGAUUUACGAAAACAGGACCCACUAAGACAGGUUAUGUAACUGCAAGCUUAGGUGGUAAAGGAUCUUAUGUCGCUAGUACUGGUCAACGAGUUACAACAAAUUAUGAUAAAAUUGGAGAAAAUGCUUUCGAAGGAAAUGUUGCCGGUUACACGAAAACGUCUAAGAUCUUUUCAAAUGUAGCUACAUCAACCGAAGCACCAGAUGCUACACACAUCGACACAUCAAAAAUCACUUUAGGUCCAGCUAUAUCACAUUCAGUAUCAAAUAUUUAUGAAAAUACUGGUGGUAUACAAUCUUCUACGUCAAGUUCAGUUUCUUCCACAAAUGGCAAAGUGCCUUAUACAGUAACGACACCAUCUUACCUCGAUGUUGGAAUUUAUCAAACACCAACGAUUGUGGAUUCUGCGGGGGUAACACCUAUAUCUACUGUAGUAAACACGUACAACAAGCCAGGCUUCGUAACUGGACAAAUUCCAACAGGAUUUGUUGAACAUAAACAAUCAACACCUACAGUAUCCUCAGGAAUUUACACAACUGGACCUACACUUGAAAACUACAAGACAACAGUUUUCGAAGCAUCUAAAAUUCCAAUAUCCGUAUCUACCCUUCAACCAGUGUUCGAUAACGAUUACAAAACUGUCAUUUCUACAACUUCUAUUCCAGUGAGCUUGACCGGCGAUACAUACACUUAUAAGGAUAGUCGCUUCAAUACUGGAUCUCUUUCCACGCAUGCACAAUCUGUCUUCGAAACCGGAGUUUCCCUCCAAUCAACUGGUUUAUAUAAUCAAACUGAUCACAUUUCUGUUACCACUUUACCUUCAGCCUCUAUAUCUUCUGGAUAUGUUCCUGGAAAGUCAAGGCCAUCGACAAUAUUUGGAACUUACAAACAACCAACUGUAACACUGCGACCAAAGGUUCAAUAUGUACCUAGUAACACUAUACCAUCUGUCUCAAAUGGUUUUAAUGGAUAUACUUAUACAGAAGGGAACAAACCAUUUGAAGAAAGUGUUACACCCUCGACAAUAAUUCCUCAGCAAUCCACAGAAAGUAUACGGCCACAGUACGUAUCAUCAACUACACCGUCGUCUUCUGUUAUCGGAGUGACCUAUACGAAACCAAUCUCAAUACCUGAUAUUACUUACGAUCAGACUACUCCAGAAUCUAUUUCGAUAAUCGAUGACACAUCAUCUAGCCAAGAUUACACGUCAAAAACGAAAACAUCAUUUGGAUCGAGCACCACUUUUGGAGGAUCACCAACGAAUUUGGAUAUUUCUCGGGAUAAAGUAAAGACUCUUGUCAAUAACUACAAUAGAGGAACAGUCAAAUAUAUUCCUAGUGUGUAUGACACUUACACUGGAAUCGACAGUACAAGUUCUACAGGAUCAACUUACAGUGGAUCAAGCAGGAAACAAUCAUCUUUUUCGUCUUCAGUUGGCCAAUCUUACGUAGGAUCAACGAGAACGCAAAGUACACCAAUUAUAACGACUUAUUCAGGUGGUUACACCAAAACAUCAUCAGUAACACCAUCUUAUGAAAUAAGUAUGAAAACAACUGCAGCUCUAAGCAAAGGCAAGGUUAUUGUUAAGUGGAGCGAUCUUCAUCCGUUACUUCUUAGCAAACUCGGUGCAGAGUGCACUUGCAAAGCUGAUCCUUUUGCAAAUCUUCGUGGUCCUGGUAAGAAAUUAAUUGACUCGUCAAAGGGUCAAAUAGAUCUUGCCAAUUACGAUGAGUCAGAUGUCUAUGUCGAUCUCGAAAAUGAUGGCUCGAGCGAAUACGAUUAUGUUACAAAUUACGACUCCUCCUCGCCGAAACCCUUCAAAAUUGAAAAUAAGGCCGUCACUGAAACCACUCAACCUUCCUCAACCUAUUUACCAAGUAUAUCCACCUCUAUUAAUCGCAGUUAUAUUCCCGGUGUAAGAUCAGGAAAGAAACUGGAACAAGGUAGCUCGAAUACCAAUUCAAUUGCUACAUCAACCAGCUUUAAUAGCUUCGUUUCAAAAGCUCUUGAGGAAGCCGAUAAGAUUCUUGAAGGCCCCAAUGAUUGUGCCAGACCUGGCCUUUUCAGACAUCCAAACUUCUGUAACAAGUUCUACGCUUGUCACUGGGACGAAUGGAAAAAACGAUUCACUCUUCAUGUAUUUAAUUGUCCGGUGCAUUUAACCUUCGACAACAAUGCCGAUGCCUGCAACUGGCCCAGCAAGGGACCAGCCUGCCAAGAUGGUAACUUACUGGUUUAGAAUAUGAACUGCUUCUUCCGUUGUUCGUUCUUUGAUGAUUACGAACAAUUUUCUUCUCUGGUACCGUUUUCUUCUUCGUCUUUUGGAAUUUUAAGAACUGUUGAAACGAGUGUAAAUUGAGAGAUCACGUCAAACAUAAUGGCAAUCACUGACAUUCUAUCGUCAUGAACCUUGCUAACUAACUUCUAAAGAAAGCUUACGCCAAGGUACUAUUAUUUUCAACGAAUUUGUACGUUCAAAAAGUUCUCCCUAAAAGCAUACAAACAAAAUGAACGAAAUGGAAAAAAUAGAGAUAUAAUUUUACGAAAAUUUUAAACUGCUUAAAGACACGUUUAACAUCAAAAGAUUAACAUAACGAUAUAUUUAUCAAUUUUUAUUCUACCGUACUUUUUUACUGACUUUUUUUCCGACGAGUUUUCUUUCUAAAGAAACACGUCGGUAAAUCUGAACAAAAGAAAUAUACAGUCUCAUUUAAAUAAUUUUCUAUGAGAACAACUAAUUAUUUUCAAGGAAAAAUAUGCGCUUCUUUGUUUCUUUCUCAGACAAUAACGUAGAAGUUAAGUAACGACGAAUGAUUCGAAAGAUUCUUUAUUUUUUCGUUUCCUGUAUGAGUACAAAUCGAAACAAAAGAUCGCAAAGACGUGGAAGUUUCUCUCAAAAUUUACGACAAGAAGCUAAUCUAUUCCAGUUCAAGAAGAGGAUGUAAAAGACAAAGGAGAUCCAAGGCAAAUGUAGUGGAAACACUGGAUACGCGAAAACACAUUGUCGCCUCUCGAGUUAAAGUGAAAGUCGACACCGUUGUGAUCGUUGAUCCAAAUCGACGCGAGAAAUCGAUAAAAACGAUUCCGAUACAAUAUCCUCGUGAGCAAUUGUAAAUAACUUGCCUUUCUUUAUUUCUCUUUCCAAAUUUGUAUAUAUCUAUUAGUAUAUGCAUAUAUGUAUAUAUGCAUAUAUAUAGAUAUGUGUAUGUAUAUAUAUAUGUGUGUGUGUGUGUAUAGGGUAUUGUCUCUUUUCGUAGAAACAUAUGAAAAGAGAAAUUUGAACGAAGGAGUUCUGGAUUAAUUAACGAAAGAUUCAUGAGAAAAUUGACAAGUCGAAUACUCGAAAAUGUUAAGAGUUUUUAUAAUGACUCGUGUGAGUAUAUAUUGUUCAUAAGAUUAAUUAUUUUAAUUAAGGAAAUUGUACGUAAUUUAACAAUACAGAAUUUAUCUUUAAUCAGUAAUACAAUUUAACGAGGGAUUCGUUUAAAACGUCUGAAUUACCCGAACUUUUCUUUUUUUGUUCUUAUUAUUAUUUUUUAUUUAACUCUGUGUUCAAUCCGUUCCUAUUUUGCUCUAUUCGCUCUGCCACGCUACGACUUUGUCGUCAAUUUUAUUAUCUAUUAUUUAUUUCGUUCGCUUGUUUUAAUUAAUUAAUAGCUUUUAAGUGUGGCGAUUCAAAUGCAAUAUCGAUUUUCUUGUCUAUCCUUCUAAUGUAACUCUUUAUUUUUUCUUCUUUGAAUAUUACGAAUUAACUCUCUAAAAUUUAAUUUUUUUAUAUCUAAAAAAAAUUAUACAAUGUGAAACUUAUAACUUAUAUUAGUAUAACUAUACUAAGUUAAUCUAUACUCAAUAAAUGUUAAUAUUCGGGUACGAAGUAACAAUUAAUUUUAUAGUGAAAAAUGAAAUAAGACUUAAAAAAAAAUACAGAUAUAUGAAUGCCUGAUUUAAAAAUUAUAUAAUAUUUUAGAGGGUUAAGAAUGUUUUCUUAGAUAUUAUUCUUUUCUUUGCACCCUAAGUUAAAGCUUCUAUCGUGUCUAUCGCGUCUGUCGUGCCAUUUCAUUAUGGUUACCUCCUGUUAAUGAUUAUAGAAUAAAUGUGAAGUAUAACAAAAAA